AUGCAAUUAACUCUCGAGUUCGGUGGAGGUUUAGAAUUGCUCUGUGACUCCGUGAAGAUUCAUAAGAUCAACAUCAACUUCCCCAAUGAAUCAUCAUCAGAUAUGUUGACAAUGAAGGAUUUGCUUUCAUGGGUCCGUACCAAUCUGAUCAAGGAAAGACCUGAAAUGUUCAUGAAAGGCAAUACUGUGAGGCCUGGAGUUCUCGUGUUGGUUAACGACUGCGACUGGGAGCUCAGCGGCCAGCUCGAUACAACAUUAGAAGAAAAAUAUGUUGUAGUCUUCAUUUCUACUCUGCACGGUGGAUGAAAUAUUGAAUUACCAGAUCCCCUGACUACAACAAGCAUUCUGCUCUUUUCCAACAACUUCUGAUGAACAACAUUCCCACAAAGCUUUUAGAAUCAAUCCCUGCUUCAUUGUUUAUGUUAUUUCUGAGUUAUAUUUGCGACCACAAUACCACAUCAUCUCUAAUCGAGGAAUAUGAUGUAUAUGAAUCUUUGGAAUA